GUGCCUGGUAACGCCGAUCCGUAUGAGAACCAGUUUGAGAAGCGCGAGCUGGCCAAGAAAGACCGCAUCAGCAAGAACAAGAAACAGGCAGACAAGAACACAGAGCGCGCGGGGGGAGCGGCGGCGGCUAAAGGCGUUAACGGAUUGUCUGUGGGCGUUGGGGGCGGCGUUGGCGGGGGUAUUACUACGGCUAUAAAUGCGCAGAACCAGGAGAAACGUAAACGGGAGAUUGAUACGGUGUUGGUGAAGAGUAAGAAGUCGACCGCGAGUGUGGGCAAGUUCGAUGGCAAGCUGAAAAACGAGCCCAAGAUCAAAGGAGAUAAGGAGGUUAACUACAAGAAACGUAAAUUCAGUGCCAUCGCCGAGAGCAAGGCCGACAGGGGUACGGAGAAGGCGGCUAAUAUGAAGUUGAUGGACAAGAUUGCAAAUAGAGGCACCACAGUGGUCGAUCAUGGCAAG